AUGCGUCCCUCGACAAACUGGCCAAUCUCACCAAGUACGGUCAGGAGAAGCAGAAGCUUGACUCGCCAAGCCGAGCCUGUUGAAGUGGCGCUGAACACCAUCUUUAAUAAGUAUGCCAACCAGGCUCGGGAGCCAUUCGUCGUCGGAAAGGACGACUUGAGCCGAGCCGACGAGGUGAAGUCAUUGCUUUGCGGAUUUGGCACGAUCCGUGGCUGCCGCCAAGGAGUGGGUUGCACGACAAUCUGCCAUCUCGCGAAGCUGACCUUGGACGCCCAGCUGGAUGAUCUCAAGUGGAAACAAGAGAACUCAGGCCAGCUCCGCCGACGAAUUGGCACAAUGAAGUGUUUGCUGGCGAUGCCAUCCGGAGCUGACUAUGAUCAACUGCUGCCCCUUGUCGCCGAUAUUGAGAAUCGGGCGAUGGCAGCUCGUCAGACCGGAGAUCUGUCCGAUCCGGGCUGCGCUGAAUGCUCGGAAGAGCGAACC